AUGGCAUUCACAAAGCCACUAGAAAACCCCACGUGAGAGCCGAGGCCUCAAAAACGUCUGAAGCCAAGACUUGGAUGAGGCAAUACUUUAAUCUCAUUGGAGAUCAGAUGCCUAACAUCGAUCGUGUACACCUUCCUCAUUUCCUCACUAAGUACGAUGUGUAUGUCAGGAUGAAGAGGGAGCUCAUGGCUGGAGGAAUCCCAGAAGAUGCUGUUGUGAAAGUUUCUACCUUUUACCGCUUUUGGAAAGAAGAUUUUUCGAAGGUGCUCAUUCCCAGUCAAAGCGCUUUCAGCAAGUGUGAUAUUUGCACUAAGUUUGACCAGGAAAGAAUGAAGAGUGGAUGGAGGUGUGGAUUUAAGGAGGAGUAUGAUCAACAUCUACAGAUUGUUCAGCAAGAAAGGCGGAAGUAUUAUGGUCAUCGGGAAAAAUCUAGAACAAAUCCACAACACAGUGUUACCAUCAUCAUUGAUGGCAUGGAUCAGCACAAGACCAAUCUUCCUCGCCUCGCAAAGAUCCCAAAGUCUGUGCAGGGAUUGCUUCCUCUCAGAACACACGUCACUGGAGUGCUAGUACACACCCGGGUACCUCAUGGAAAGUUAGCUCACGUCUACAUUGACAUGCUGCAAUUCCCUCAUGACUGCAACGUUACGAUUCAUGUGCUGCUCAAAUCCUUGAUUGCUCUAGAUCAUCUCCCACCAGUUCUCAACAUCCAACUGGACAAUACAGCAAAAGAAAACAAAAACAAGUUCUUCCUGGGGUUUUGCGCAUUGUUGGUAGAACGAAAGAUAUUCACUAAGGUGCGGGUAAACUUCCUACCUGUUGGUCAUACUCAUGAGGACAUUGACCAGCUUUUCUCAAGGAUAUCUAAGCAGCUCACUCUAAAAGGAGCUGAAUCUUUACCAGAUCUCCAAAAGCAGAUUACACAGUCAAGCACACCUACCCCAACGGUUGAGGUACUCAAUACUAUUUCUGAUGUGAGGUCGUGGCUGGAACCUUGUAUUGACGGACUAAAUGGUCACUCUCUUCCACAUUGCUUCAAAUUCUUUUUAGAAGAUGGGAAAGCUGUGAUGUAUUUUCGGCAUUGGAGCAGUGAUGCUUGGUGCAAUGCUGAUGUAGCAGUGAAACUACUUCUGGAGAUUCCAUGUGGCAUUCCAAAUAGAGUUCACCUGUCUGACAACAAGAUAGACCUGCCACGUCUACACAUAGAUAUUCCAAAGUUUUAUUCUUGGAUCUCUGAUGAUGCUCGUAUUUGGUGGGAGCAAUUUGAUAUGGACGCUGUCUACUCUGAUGAUGAAUUUGGAAUUACCCCCUGGCCCUUGCUACAUCUCCAAGAAGUUCGUCAACUGGCCCAACUCCCAGCCUCAGGAUCAGCAGAUAUGAGCUGUGAUGCGCCUCAGAAUACCCAGCUUCAAGCUCUAUUUGCUGCAGAGAAUGAAGAGUGCAAUGUGUACACUGGGGCCUACCGAAAGCAAUCACGGACAGACGUUAGGGAGGUGCAGGAUUUAGCAGGUCUCAAGAUUGAUCAGUUGCUGGCAGUCAGAAGCUGUCCAAGCAGUAACAUCGAGCCAUGGAUUGCUCAACUUCGAUCAAUCUCAGAUUCAGAGGUAGGAGUUGUCUGGAUGGAAGGGAAGUACAACAGCAAAUGGAAAGUGGCAAGAAGACAGGAUCCAGAAAACAAGAGGAAGCGAAUUGAGUGGGAAGAUUCAGUCACGAAAUCCUCAAUACUCUUGUACGAUUUCCAGUUGACGUCCACCGGUCAUCUACGUAAAAAGACAAUAGAACAUUUAAAGAGUGUAUACCAAGAGCUAAAGCAAAGUAUAACACCUAAUGUUGUGUAUAUUUCAUUCUGUUUAUCGUGA